AAGAGCUGCCGUCGUUGGUCUGUUCCUCAUCCACCGGAGACGUUAUCGAUGCUCAGAACAUGGAAGCUCCGUGGAUUUCUCAUCAGAAAGUUCGCUCCUUCCGCCAAUUAUAUUUACAUGCACUCUCUUCACCAGCUUCAACAAAACAAGAAGGAGAAGGAGAAGAACAAGAACAAGAACACGAACAAGAAGGAAGAAGAUUCUCACUGUGAUCCGAAAGAGUACAUGAGAAGCGUCAUUGGAAACAUAUACAAGACCCUAAAGUAUUCAACUUGGGAUUCAGCUCAGAAAGAGCUCGAGAACCUUCCAUUGCGAUGGGACUCUUACACUGUAAACCAAGUCCUCAAAUCCCACCCUCCAAUGGAGAAAGCAUGGUUGUUCUUCAACUGGGCUUCCAAACUCACAUGCUUCAAGCAUGAUCAGUACACUUACACCACCAUGAUUGAUAUCUUCGGAGAAGCUGGUAGAAUCUCUUCCAUGAAGCAGGUUUUCAAGCAAAUGCAAGACAAUGAUGUUAACAUUGAUUCUAUUACCUACACUUGCAUGAUGCAUUGGCUUUCGAAUUCUGGGGACAUUGAUGCAGCCAUGGAGUUGUGGAAGGAGAUGAAGUCCAAGGAUUGUUGUUACCCUACUGUUGUUUCUUACACUGCCUAUAUCAAGAUUCUAUUCGAUCAUGGUAGGGUUAAGGAGGCUACUUGUGUUUACAAGGAGAUGAUUGAAUCUGGUUGUGCUCCUAAUUGCUACACUUAUACCAUUCUAAUGGAGUACCUUGUUGGCUCUGGAAAAUGCAAAGAUGCCCUUGAAAUAUUUGAAAAGAUGCAGGAGGCUGGGGUGCAACCUGACAAAGCUGCAUGCAAUAUUUUGAUUGAGAGGUGUGCUAAAAUUGGAGGGAUUAUGUUCAUGACCCAUAUCCUGCGGUAUAUGAAAGAAAACCGCCUUGUUCUUCGUUACCCUGUUUUUGUCGAAGCAUUGAAAGCUUUGAAAGUUGCUGGCGAAAGUGAUGCGCUCAUAAGGCAAGUCAAUCCUCAAUUUUAUAUUGAUUCUAGCACCAUUAGGAAGGAUGAUGACUGUUUCACAGUUGAUGUAGAUAAAGAGCUUCUAUUUGUUCUCUUGAGAAAGAGAAAUCUGGUUGCUAUUGAUCAUUUACUUGCUGGAAUGAUGGAUAAGAAAAUACCUUUAGAUCAUAAGGGUAUCUCAUCCAUUAUAGAGGUAAAUUGUUCCCAUUGCAGACCUGAAGGUGCUUUGUUAGCAUUCAAGUAUAGCGUAAAAAUGGGCAUAUACAUGGAGAGACAAGGAUAUCUUUCCUUGAUAGGCUUGUUGAUCAGAUCCAAUAUGUUUUCGCAGCUAGUUGAAGCCGUUGAGGAAAUGUCUAGAGCCGGUCAUUCUCUUGGAAUCUACCUGGCUUCAAUUUUGAUCUAUAGGCUGGGUUGCGCUAAGAAGCCUGCUUAUGCUGUGACGAUUUUCAACUUGUUACCUGAUAACCAUAAGUGCACUGCUACCUAUACUGCUUUAAUUAGCGCUUAUUUUGCCUCUAGAAGAGUUAACAAGGCACUUGAUAUACACAAAAGUAUGUGCGCAAAAGGGUUUCUGACUGUGUUAGGAACUUACAAUGUACUGGUUGCUGGUUUGGAAAGAAACGGUAGAAAUUCUGAAGCAGAAUUUUAUAGAAAAGCUAAGAAGAAGUGCCUUCAUACUAAUGCUGGUUCUGAGGAAAGGGUUUGCAUAGAGGAAAAGAUAUGCAACCUUCUGUUUGCUGUGGAUCUAGUUCAUUAGAGAUGCCAACACCUUGCAGGAAGUGCUUGUAAAUUGUAAUGUUAGAGCAAAAGAAUGCAUGAAACAAAUUCAACCGUCAAGAGGGUGGACAAGAUAGAAGAUAGUUCAGUAGUUAGAGGUAGAGAGAGUUGUCCAUUUUUAUAUUUUGUAAAUUGUACUACUAAUUUGAUUUAUGUUUUAAUAUGAUACUUUUCUUUUUGAAAAGGUUAAUAGAAACAUGAAAUAUUGUGUAUAUAGUAUUAUCUAA